AUGAAAAAUAAAGAUUUCUUAUGUAACGGUCGCGGUUCGAAAUAUGAGCCGGUUAUAAGAACCGGAUAUAUAUAUAAACAGAAGCAGAUACUUGAAACACAAUUGACGAUAGGCAAAAAUCGUCCAGUAGAUUUCGCAAAACUUUACACAAAACAAGAAGUUGUCUACAUCAUUAAGUGCCAAGCGGUAGAAGUAAGCAUCAGAGAAGAAAAGGAAUGCUUUCAAGAACUUCCGGUCACCUACGGUGAAGACAAUUACUUUAUGUCCCCGCACAACCACAUCCUGCUUAAACAUGGGUCUCCAAUAACAUGCAGCAACUUAGUGCCACCAAUAUUCUUUGUAGCAUCUAAAUGGUGGGCCAUAACACCAGGUAAAGAAAAAAGAUAA